GACAGCCGAACUAAACGACCUUUUAGCUCAAAGCGGAAGUUCAGACUGAGUUGAAUGCGGAGCUGGAAACACACAAAAGCAGAAGGUGAAAUGGCUUCUUAACGUGGUUGUUUUUGCCGAACUCUGCAGAGUUUUCAGGACGUUUAAACAGAUGUCAGAUACCCAGUAAAACCUUCACCUGUGCCCAAAGCUCCAAUGUGUGCCAAAAUGAUGACUGUUCGCAGCACAUUAUUACCAGAAGUCUUACCAAACCGCUGUUUGUCAGCUCACAUGAGAUCUCAGACUGAGCUGGAUGUGGAGCCCAGCUGUGGAUUUGAUGACGAGCCGCCUCUGCCGGGAAAAACCAUGGAUGAGUGCAGUGUGUCCACCAGUGAACAGCCUCAGUACUAUACACAGGUGUCGGCCAAACUGGACAAUCAGUUGAUGGACACCUACACAAAGCACCACGCUUUGCCAGAGAACCCCAUGUGUCGUAUCUGUCACGAGGGGGGGAUCCAGGAGGAGCUUCUGUCCCCCUGCGAGUGCUCUGGGACCCUGGCCACUAUCCACCGCAGCUGCCUGGAGCACUGGCUGUCUGCCUCAGGAACCAGCUUCUGUGAGCUCUGCCACUACCAGUUCACAGUGCAGAGGAAGUCCAGGCCACUGCUCGAGUGGCUACAAAACCCAGGUCUGCGUCAGGAGAAGCGGACGCUCUUUGGUGACAUGGUGUGUUUCCUGCUCAUCACGCCAUUGGCCACCAUCUCAGGCUGGUUGUGUCUACGCGGUGCCAUCGACCACCUCCACUUCUCCAGCCGCCUGGAGGCCGUGGGCCUCAUCGCACUCACAGUCGCCCUCUUCACCAUUUACCUCUUCUGGACUCUGGUGUCUCUCAGGUAUCACUGUCGCCUGUACAAUGAGUGGAGGCAGUCCAAUCAGAGGGUGGUCCUCCUGCUGCCCCGGUCCCACAGUGAAGCGUCAGCGCUGCAUUCCUUCCACGGCUCCCACCGGGGGAAGCAGCCGUCCAAGGAGUCGGUGGUCUGACCCUCACGGGCUCGGCCACCUCGCCUUUGUUGCACUUUAAUCAAAGCACCGACUGAUGUCACACGUGUGAAAGGCCAUGAGUCACCGAGUCCAGGCAGCACUUUAUCCCCCCAGAGGAAACAGGAGUGGACUGGAGGUCCACAUGACCAAACCACCAGAGGUUCAUCACUGUGACCAGACGUUGUAAAAACAGCCUCAAUGAUCUGAUGUCUCUGUUGGAUGUAACGGCACCGACAAACCCCUCUGUGAGCCAGUCCAGAGCAGCAGCAUUAAGAUGUUCAGCCCUGAUUAACAUGGACUGGAAACAGGGAGAACUGGACAAAUGAGGAAAUGUGAGGCUGGACUGAUACUGGACCCAGAGAGGAAGACCAGAGGUCAGGUUUGCUUAUAGAAGUGUGAAAGGACACAGUGAAGUCUCUCCAACAAGGAAAAAGGCUCACUUGGUGAAUUCUGUGUCAUGCAUUUGUGUCCAACUCUGAACUAAUUCUGGUUCUUUAAUGCCAAUGUAAUAAUUAACAUCAGUGGUUUUAUAAACAGUGCACUAACCCUUCAGAAGUCUAGUUUGGUUGUGUUUAAAUCUGAUUUUAAGAUUAGUGUUAAUUGAAAAAACACUUUCAUGUGUUUUUACCCAAAGAAGUAAAAGUGAAACCUGUUGAAUUUCCGGUGUGUACAAAGAAGGAAACUAAAUCAAAUAACCUGGAAAGUUUUAUAAGAACAAAAAAACCCAUACCAUAAAUUUGUACUGAUAUGUGUUCCUUACAGAGCCCCCCUGGGUUUAUCUGACCAAAGAGCCAAGUCUGAAACUAUUACGUCACUUUAUGAACUUUGCUCUUGAAUGUCAUUGUGAGUCUGAGGCGUCGUGUGUGUAAUAUUUGGAGUGUUACAGCUUCUAUGAUAUUCUUCCUGUGGGCGUGAAUUGCAAAACAGUGAGUAGUUUUACACAUGGCUCUUGUUUUCCCUCUCAGCUGAGCCCAGGUGGACUCAGUAGGGUCUCAAUUUUAAGCCUUUUCCAUUAGAUUAGUCCUAUUUUGCCAACUGAAUCUGCCUGGGUUUCUUGGAACCGUGACACCAAGUUCUCUAGUGCUACUUCCUAGUUUUUUUGGCCAACUCAGUUCAUGCUAAAUCCCCACUUGAAGCCACUGUAUAAACUUUACUUUCUCUUAUCGUCUUCAUCUGCUUUUUCCAACCUGUAGAAUAUGACUAAUCCACUAUGUCAGAGAGAGAGAAACUACUGUUUUUUGGAUUUAUCUUGAAACUUUCUGAUGUAGAACCACUUUAUUUGCUCCAAGUGGAUCGGAAUUAGGUUUUGUGAAUCAAAAGGACUCAAAAGGCCAUCAGUAACUGCAGACAGAUCACAGAUACAAAGUAGAGCAUUUUUACACAGGAUGUCACAUCUCAAUGUCCACUU